GUCGGCCUUCACACUUGUUCCUUUUAUCAGCAAUCAUCUGGUCGCUGACUUUCUUGGUCAAAUGGCCGAGGCAGCGUUGCGGUGCCUGGAACUACUACAGCUCGUCUUCGCCUACCAAGAUGGCUUGAGCUAUGACGUGCUCCCUCUCGUGCGUCUGCUCUACGCCAUCCUCCCCGACCAGGCCCGCGAUCGCAUGGCGUUUGCUGCAUUUGACGCGCGCUUUCGCACCUGGUUCGACUCGGCCGGGCAUGACGGCUUGCCUCGUCUGUGCCAGUGUCGAGUACCUGGGCGCCUCUUCCAGUAUGCGCUCGUAUACGGCCACCUGCCACUGAUUGCAUAUCUCCAUACAUCGCGCCGCGUUCAAGUCAACCGGACGCACUGGAGCCUUGCCGCCAAGUACGAGCAGCUCCCCGUGCUCGCCUACUUCUUUGCGAAGCACUGCGACGGGUUCCACCCUGAUAUGAUGGCGCGCGCCGCGUACCGUGGUCAUUACUCGGUCGUGCGCUUCCUGCACGAGGCUGGUGUCCGCGGCAACAGUGCCGGCGCGCUCAUCUGGGCCUGCGAGCAAGGGCACUUGGCCAUCGCCGAGUACUUGCACAUGCACGGCCUUGGUGUCUGGGACCCUGGCGCGGUCGCUCGCAUCACGCGCAGCGGUCAUCUGCACAUCCUCUCGUUCCUUCGGACGCACGACUACGCCGGGUUUUCGCCCAUCGUGUUUGAUAUUGCAGCGAGCCAAGGCAGCUUGGACCUUCUGGGAUUCUUUAUCGAAACAAACGUACCGGGCCUCGGGCCGCGGACGCUCGAGACCGCAGCGCGCUUCGGCCACGCUAAAGCCGUAAGCUUCCUAUUGGCGCAUGUACCAACAACGAGCGUCGACACCGCCUGCUUGCUCGCUGCACAACACGGGCACGAAGACGUCGUGCGUCUUCUAGGCGACCGCCUGACCGACGACUGCGUCCAGCGAGCAGUGGCCUUGGCCAUGGAGCAUGGACACGUGCGUGUGCUUACGUACCUCUGGACCCUUCGACCGCACGUCGCCGACACCUCUGCCGCUAUGGUCGCAGGCACCAAGCGCCAGCACCCCGCGAUCGUCGAGUACCUUCAGCAGCGCAAGCGUUGGCGUCGACCGUGACAGCAUCAUCACCACUAACCACUAAUAGAGAACGAUUCUAUUAUGUGUGCACCACGACAGUCG